AUGACUGUUCCCUUUAGCGUUUUUGGGUUUACUAGAACCAAAUUUGAUUACGAGCAAUUGAAAGCUAUUAAAGGAGAUGUUGUUGCUGAGCUUUCUCGAAGUCCAGCCUUCUGGGGUCUGAUCAAUCCGGAAUGGUCGUUGUGCAACAAAGGUAGGCGCCAGUCGCCGGUGAAUUUGGAACCCAACAAAUUACUGUUUGAUCCGAAUUUGAGGGAGCUACACAUCGAUAAACAUAGGGUCAGCGGAAACAUUUUGAAUACUGGACACAGCGUCAUAUUUACCGUGCACAAUGACACUCAUAGUCAUAUAAACGUGUCUGGUGGGCCUUUGUCGUAUCGAUAUCAGUUUCAAGAAAUCCACAUCCAUUAUGGACUGCAUGAUCAGUUUGGGAGUGAACAUAGUAUUAAUGGAUAUGCAUUUCCAGCUGAGUUGGGAGACCUGUCAAAUCCGGAACUCCGAAUAUUAACCGAUCAACUAGACAAAAUUCGGUACGGCGGCGACGAAGUCGAAAUCAAGAGACUCUCGGUCAGGGGACUGUUGCCUCAAACCGAGUACUACAUGACGUACGACGGUUCUACCACGAUGCCGGCGUGUUACGAAACGGUCACGUGGCUGAUUUUAAACAAACCCAUCUACAUCACUAAACAACAGAUGCACGGUCUUCGGCGACUGAUGCAAGGCGACGCCAAACAUCCCAAAGCUCCGCUAGGAAACAACUUUAGACCGCCACAACCUUUACACCAUAGACCUGUCAGGACGAAUAUAGAUUUUAAUGUUAAACAAAAAGCUGCUCAGCAAAAUCAAAAGGUGGAAAUAAGCACUGCAGUUUAUAAAACUGAAACUUCAACAUGUCAAUCGAUGUGUAGUUUCGAUUGA